GGUAAAGUUAAAACAGGUCGGUUAUAUGAUGAACACAAUCAUUAACUUUUGGGAUUACCUGGAGAGUCCGAUAUUAAACAGUGCAGAGGAAAAUGCAAAGAAGGCGGAUAUAGUGUUCUGUCUGGGUUCAACGUUGAUGGUAACACCUGCUAGUAGUCUUGUAGAGAUGGGGAGGAAGCCUAUACGCCUGGUGAUAUGUAAUAGACAAGGGACGCAAUAUGACGAACACUGCAGUCGCCCGGAUGAAAACGGUGAUGCAUGCGGAAGUAGAAUACACGGUGACAUUGAUAAACUUAUGAAAGCGGUGAUGCGUAGAAGAUGAGUUGAAAAAAUGGGAAGCUGCAAGAGAUACCCGGAUGUUAGAAUUUGAUAAAAAGAGACAAUAAAUAACUAACUACGGCUAUAACUUUUUCUUGUAUUUACACAUUUUUUCCAACUGAAAAGAAAUUAAGAAUAUUUUUACUCAAAUCAAAAGAAUAUCAAAAUGAACGAGGGAAUUUUACAAAAUUCCAACCACAGGUACAAUAAUAAUAGCAACAGGAAUUGUUAAUGCUUUGUGUAAGGUGUAAAUAACAAAAGUCUUUGUGUAUAGCGCCAUAAUUCUUAAAUUGUUCUAGCAGUAUAUACCUGACAGCAGUGUAAUAGAGCAAUUAAAUGUUCACAGCUAUUCUCAUCAUUUUUUAAUUGCAA